ACUGUCGCGCGUUCCCAUUGGCUGCUAACCCUCGUGCAUCGAGUUGGGCCCGCGCAAGCAGAACAACGUCCCGUCGAUGUAACACAAACGUCGUUCAUUAUCAUCACUGCCGACGUUCUCAACAUCGUCCCGUUGUUGUUGUUAUUAUAUAGGUGGUGUGCGACUGCGUGCGGUCACCGCGCGAGAAUCAAGCGCUGCACAACACGAGGACGUUGCCGGCUUCAAGUACACGGUCAGGAUGGGCGAGCGCGACGUACAGAUGAGGCAGGCGGGGAAGGAUGAGCUGCUCUGCGUGUCGCCACUCUUGGCAUCGUUCAAAGGAUUCCAGCUGGAGCUGGACGCGCGGCACGACAAGUACGAGCGGCUGGUGAGGCUGAGCCGCGACGUCACCAUCGAGAGCAAGCGUACCAUCUUCCUGCUGCACCGCGCCACUGUCAGCGGGGCGAGGCUGGAGGAUCUGCUGCUUGAGUCGGAAUCGAAGCUGAGCGCCGUGCGGCAAAAGGUGCGCAGCAUCGCUUUGGAGCUGCAGGGAGAGAACAUGUACCAGUAUCUGAGAGCCUUCACAGCAGGCCUGCAGGAGUACGUGGAGGCGGUGUCAUUUCGUCACUUCCUGAGCACACAGACGCUCAUCACCCGGGAGGAGGUCAACCAGCAGCUGGUGUUCCCGGGCGAGCCAUCCGUGAGCCUGGAAAUCACAUUGACCGAUUACAUCCUGGGUGUGGCCGACCUGACAGGCGAGCUAAUGCGCCUGUGCAUCGCAAGUGUUGGCGGCGGUGGCGGCGGCGGUGGCGGCAGCGGUGGCUGCGAGCCGGACCCAGACACCCCCUUCCGUCUGUGCCGCUUCUUGCGGGAGGUGUACGACGGCUUCUGCUUCCUGGGCAACCUGGGGCCCUACGAGCUGUCGCGCAAACUGCACGUGCUGCGCCAGAGCCUGUCCAAGUGCGAGGACGCGUGCUACGCGCUGCGCGUGCGUGGCUCCGAGGUGCCGCGGCACAUGCUCGCCGACCUGGUGUCUCUCCGUGGCGGGGGGGGGACGCGCGGUCUCGCCGAGGGUGAGCGAGACGGUGACGCGGGGUUGUAGCUCGCGCGUUCCAGGUCCAACGGCGCCAAGUUUUCCUGCGUAUUUUUUUUAUAUACACGCGCGCUCGUGUGUUUUGACUUGUGUCGUCUACAUAUUGUCCAUACAAAGUGCGUCGCUGCUCACAUGACAGUGGGCUGUGCUCAUAUCUGUGGGCUGCUGCCUUGAGCCAUCGGUGGGAAUUCAACAAGGCUCGGGUGGAGGCCUCUCUCCCCAUAGGGUAACCGUUGAUGAUUUCCCAUAAGUGGUAGUCUUGUUGUUUACCCAUGGAGGUGAUUGGCUGAGCUGACUCCUGAUUUUUGUUAUGUGACCUGGCUAUCAGUUGAACUUGCAAGUUAUAUGAAAGUGUCUCUUAAAUUUCACUGCAAUCGGCAGAGCUCUUGUCAGAUUUAUAUUGGGGAAUGAACGUGGAAAAUAACACUGCUGAACUACCUCUGAAGGCUUUGCCAUAACAAUAUUACCCUACUAAUUUAGUAGUUCGCUCCAUAGCUAUUAUUUAAUUUGAAACUAUACUACAGUGGCUAAGCCUGGCCAAUUAAAAUAUAUAUGGGAUGUUGGGAUAAUUAUUCUUUUGGGUAUGUGUGGGAAGAAGCUAGUUAAUGGAAGAACCCACAUUUAGGCUCCACAGAUACGCAGGCACUCACAUGUCUGUCUUACAACCCAUUUAGUUUUGUUGAAUUCAACAGCCUUCCCACACAGCCGCUCUACUGGCGUGUUACACCACUCACGCACUACUUGGAUUACCCUUGGUUGGAGGUCAGAAUUUUUGGACUCUGUAGUUCCGACUCUGUGCUUGAUACAGGUGUAGCGUUACCUCCAUCAACAUCCUGGUCACUCUUGUCACAUGUCCCCCUAACUCUGAUCCACUCGCCACCCACGAAGCUCCAUCCCUUUUCAUGUUCCUGAACAAGUCAAGUGCCAGGUUACCCCUUGAGCUGACCAGACUGGCGGCAGUGUUGUAUCAAUGUCUUUUGACACUGAUAUAGAAGAGUGUAUAGCCAUUGGCUUGUUUGUAAUAAAACGACUUUUAAUAGGCUUUAAAAUGCAAAUAAAUGCCUCGAUACCUU